AUGGAAAACUAUCAGAAGAUCGAGAAGAUCGGAGAGGGCACGUAUGGCGUCGUUUACAAAGCUCGGGACCUAAGCAACCAGGGUCGCAUCGUGGCUCUGAAAAAAAUCCGCCUUGAGGCGGAAGAUGAGGGAGUACCGAGCACGGCCAUUCGCGAGAUCUCCCUGCUGAAGGAAAUGCACGACCCGAAUAUCGUUCGCCUGCUUAACAUCGUCCACGCUGAUGGGCAUAAACUAUACCUCGUCUUCGAGUUCCUUGACUUGGACCUGAAGAAGUACAUGGAAGCACUUCCUGUUAGCGAGGGUGGUCGAGGGAAGGCAUUGCCAGAUGGGUCUUUAAAUAUGAGCCGAUUGGGACUUGGAGAAGCCAUGGUCAAGAAAUUCAUGGCUCAGCUGGUCGAGGGCGUCCGUUACUGUCACAGUCAUCGGGUCCUGCACCGUGACCUGAAACCUCAAAACUUGCUGAUUGAUCGCGACGGCAACCUUAAGCUGGCAGAUUUCGGCCUAGCAAGGGCUUUUGGCGUCCCGCUCAGAACGUAUACUCAUGAGGUUGUUACUCUCUGGUAUCGAGCCCCAGAAAUCCUCCUGGGCGGACGGCACUACUCUACCGGGGUGGAUAUGUGGUCUGUUGGUGCCAUCUUCGCAGAGAUGUGCACCCGUAAACCACUGUUCCCCGGGGAUUCUGAGAUUGACGAAAUAUUCAAAAUUUUCAGAAUACGUGGUACUCCCGAUGAGAGAAGUUGGCCCGGCGUGACUUCGUUCCCGGACUUCAAAAGCUCCUUUCCCAAAUGGAGACGGGAAGACAUCCGAAAGAUUGUUACCGGCCUAGAAGAAAGCGGGCUCUUGCUGUUGGACGCGAUGCUCGAAUAUGAUCCUGCACGUCGCAUCUCUGCGAAACAAGCCUGCGUCCACCCAUACUUCCGUUCCUGCAGCUCCACCUACUCUGGGCGAAGCAAAACAAAUUAUCAAUGA